CCGGCCCGCGCACGCGCAGUGAUGGGUCCGGGCCUGCUACUGGGCGCGCGCUGCUGGGCGCGCGUCCUGCCUCUGCUGAGGCCCAGCUCCGGCUUGCGCUGGCUUGGCACGAGGGCCUCGCCUCCGCAGGUGCACAGCCGGCUGGGCCGGGGCCUCUCUCUCGCCUCGGCCGCGGGGGCUCGCGGGCUCCGAAGCGGAGCGCGGCGAGACCAGGCCGACGCCCUAGCGGAGCGGGCCGCUGCAGGUCACACCGGACCCAAAUUUGACAUCGACCUGUUGGUGUCUCUCUUGAGGCAAGAAAAUGCAAAAGAUAUUUGUGUGAUCCAGGUUUCUCCAGAACUGAAAUAUACGGAUUACUUUGUGGUUGUGAGUGGAACCUCCCCGAGACACUUAGAGGCUAUGGCCCAGUACAUAGUGAAGAUGCAUAAGUUCCUGAAAUCCAAGAGUGAUGCUUUUGUUCGGAUUGAAGGGAAGGAUGCGGAUGAUUGGCUGUGUGUGGAUUUUGGCAGUAUUGUGAUUCAUUUGAUACUUCCCGGGACCCGAGAAAUCUACGAAUUGGAAAAGUUAUGGACUCUGGGCACUUAUGAUGAUCAGUUAGCUCAGAUCGCACCAGAGUCACUGCCUGAAGACUUCAUCCUUGGAUUUCCACCAGAAGAGGAGCCUUUGGCGUGUUCUCCAUUAGAGGCCGAGAGAGAAUAAAAUAAGAGCUUUGAAGCAGCUAGUAUCCGGCAAUGUUAUUAUGGGGUUUUCUGUUUGGAUUUGCAGUGAAUUAAUCCACAGUACAUUUUCUGAGUCCUGUCUGAAGCCUCUGAUGGCUGCCGCUCAGGGCCAAGCACACUCUCUCAUGCACUUGGUGUGGAAAACUCAUGGAAAACAUUGAAAGCUUUGGAAACUGGGCAGUGGCAACACUUUAGGGACUGGCUGGACCUUUCAGACAAGUGACCUCAAACAAGAAGCAUGGCCUACAGCCAGGAGGGGAGUUUUCGGACCUCACUGGAGAUGGAUGAUUUAUGCAUCUAACCAAACUCACAUUUCUUCUGGUCUCUAAUCAGAGUCUUGUGGAAUCUAGCCUGGCUUGGAGGAGUCACUUCUUGUAUCAUUGAAAGAACUCUCUUUUCAGCUUACAGGUUUAGCACAGGGCAGAAAUGUCCUUUUGUUAAGGACUUCCCUGGGGAUCAUCUACAUUGAGUCUUCAUGUUUAUUUUUAUUUAUGGGGAGAGAAGAAAACUUCCAUGUGAAAAACAGGCAGCUCAGCUUAUGGACUUUCUAGAUUCGAUAUUGAUGGAAUGUGAAAUAAAAAAAAUUAACUAAUAGGGUUCUUAAUUUCCAAUUUAUAGUUUGCCCCUGAACCCGAAUUUAAGGCACCAUAAUUUUAGCUGUAAGCUUGUUGAUAGGAAUUUAGAGUAUGAUUAUAUUUAACCACUUCCUCUGAGUGCCUGUCCACAUUAAUGGUUGUAGAAUUUAAGUACUGCACAUUUUAGAGGAAGGUGUUCAUAAUUCUAAGCUCAUGGGUUCAACUGGCAGUCAGGUGCUUCUAGCUUGCCAAAUACCCCCUGGCCAAAACUGCUAGAGAUCUCUAGUUGUUUAGAGUGACAAAGCUUUCUUCCCUAAACAGAAAUGUUUGGUUAACAAAACAGAGAGAGGACACAAGCUGCAGAGAUUGGUCCAGAAUUUUAGUCUCCUCUGCCUCAAAAAAAGUCCUUUUUCCCUUAAUUAGUUUAGAAUACCAGCAAUGGCAUUUUUCUACCAUGCCUCGGAGGUGUGUUGUACAAACCACAACUGUGCUAUCUAAUCUUUGCAUUUUAAAGGUAAUUUCUGGCUUAAAAAAAAAGAGAAAUCCCUGCUGGCAUUCAACUCUGUCAACUUUCACACCAGAGUUACACACACACCAUGAGCCAUGGUGGGAGUAUGUGGGGCUGAGUCAGAAGGAAAAGACAUCCUGGAGGCAUCUGGAGAAGAGGAGCUGGCUUUGAGCUGGCCGUGCACCUAAGGAAAGCUUUCUUUGUCCAGGACAGACAGAUCCUAACCUGCACUUUGCCAGUGAAUGUAUCUUAUCUCCGAGCCAUUCCAGGACCUCUCUGAAUUCCAGACAGAAAAGUAAUGCUCAUUUGGGUUAGCUUAAAAGGCUAAAUAUGGAAGAAAAAAUAAAACCACAUACUAAGCAAACUAAA